AUGAAUACAAGUGUUUUAUCAAGUAACGUUGAUGAAAGCAAACCAAUCAUUGCUGAUGAACCUACCAUUGAAUAUCAUAAUGAUCAUAGUAAUAACAAUGGUUCUUCUGCUGCUGCUCAUAAUGACAAUGACAAUAAUUUAGUCAUUGUUCAAGAUGAUGUGGAAAAGAAGCAACAGGAGAAUGGAGCAAUGAAUGGAGAGAAUAAUGAUGGAGAUUCCUCAUCCUCCUCUUCGUCAUCAUCCUCAUCAACGACAACUAGUAAGGAUGCUGCUGUUGUGAAUAAUGAUGGAGGAGUUGCUUCGACAGAUGAUGUCAUUGUCACUGUGGAAGAGAAGGAAUCUGUUGAAUCACCAAGAGUCAAUUCACCAGCAUCAUCACCAUCGACAUCAGCAGCUAGCUCACCAUCCAUUCCACAAUAUGAUGGACCAUCUGAUGAAAAUUCUGGACAACCAGAGAUGAGAACAGCCAUCUUUGAAUACGUUGAUGAGUUUGGAGAAGUUCAUUCGUAUGAAAUGGCAGUCAAUGUCGAUGAAUAUAAUAGAAUUAUGAAAGAGAAGGAAGGAAAGUCCAAUCCAUCCUCUUCUGAUAAUAGUGGAAAUCGUGCUUCAUCGAGUAAUGAUGCACCACCUGCUUCUGCCAUUAAUCCAGUGAAUGUUUCUCAACAACAAUUGACUACUCCUGCAGCAGUAGCAGGUAAUAGCAGUGCUGUUAUGGAUGACAAUUACAAAAUUGUCAUGUUUGGAAAAGUUUAUAAUUUAUUCUUUGACCGUAGAACUUUAGAAUAUUUAUUUGAUAGAGAUUCUUAUCCUAAACUUGAAUUGAUUGGUUCUCCUCUUAUGGCUUUUGGUGUUGCUUGGAUGGGGUUGAGAUUGAUGGCACUCUUGGACAGAAAUUGGGCAAGCAUUGUUUUCAUGAUUCUCGCCCUUGCUCAAGCUCACUUCUCCAUGUUGAAGAGUCCUCAACCUGAAGCCAAUUCUCCAUUCCACUACUCAAAGGGAACUGUCUAUUCUCGUGCUUUUUAUGUAUUAUUUUUUGGAACUAUUGCCUUGAUUUGUGGAGUUUUAACACGAGUUCCAGAGCCAAUGUAA